AUGACAGCUUUGAUUCUACGAUUCAUCAACCGCAUUUGUCCAAAUGGACAUAGGCAACAUCGAUACGGUUCGUUAUCAAUCGAAGAACUUGAACAAGCUACUCUGGCGCUUGCAAGUAUUGUCCAGAAAGAAGCUUUCCCAGUGGAUUUCCAUCGUUUGUCCGUUGGUCAAGAAUUACAUCGGAAGAGUAAGCUGAUUCCAUUCAAUGUUUUCCUCGACACUUCGAGGUUCACGGUACUUAGAGUUGGCGGAAGGAUCCGCCAUGCUGCACUGCCCGUUUGUCAGAAGCAUCCAAUCGUACUUCCAUUGGAUCAUCCAUUUACGCAUGCGUUGAUUCGUUCAUACAACGAGGAACUGAUUCACGCUCCACCACAAAUGCUUUUAAGUGCUCUCCGACGACGAUUCUGGGUAUUGCAUGGGCGCAGUGUCGUUCGCAAAAUAAUCCGUAGAUGUGUUAUUUGCUUCCGGGCGAAGCCGGUGUUGAUGCAACAAAAGAUGGGCGAUCUUCCGAGAUCUCGUUUGGAAGGAGUUUAUCCCUUUCUUAACAAGGGUGUGGACUUUUGCGCCCCAAUGUACAUCCGCCAGCACAACAAGCGAUCAACGGUUACAUACAAAGCAUACGUAGCACUUUUUGUAUGCUUUGCGACAAAGGUGAUUCAUAUGGAGUUAGUCGGCGAUUUGACUACAGAUGCCUUCAUUGCCGCACUUCAGCGCUUCGUUGCAAGGAGAGCAAAAAUAAGCCGGAAGGAGCUGCACGACCUGUUCCAAUCCCAGAAGAUGAAGGCACUACGGGAUGAUUGGUGCGAAAAAUCAGCCAUCGAGUGGCAUCCCAUUCCUCCACGCUCACCACAUUUCGGUGGUUUAUGGGAGGCUGGAGUCCGUUCAGCGAAGUACCAUCUGAAGCGCAUUACUGGAACGGCGAACAUGAACUUCGAGCAAUACACCACUGUACUUACUCACAUUGAAGCCAUUCUCAACUCGAGACCAAUAUCACCUAUAUCUGAGGACCCGAGCGACUUAAACCCGCUCACCCCUGACCACUUCCUGGUGGGACAUCCGUUGACUGACAUCGCCGAACCACUUUCUCCAUGA